AUGUACUCGACACAGCACGCUGUCAUGGCCGGCCCGCCUCAGGGUCGUUCGGUAGCACCAGAGACGUUUCUCCUGGACCACGAUGCUCAACAGAGCUUGCCUGCAGACUCGGUCGUCGCGUUGCAGCAAGUCGACAACCUCAAGUACUUUUUGAUCUCAGCUCCCGUCGACUGGUCCCCGGAUCAGUACAUCCGCCGCUUCUUGCUACCCACUGGCGAAUACGUGUCUUGUGUGUUAUGGAGCAACCUCUUCCACAUCUCAGGUACAGACAUUGUACGAUGCCUGUCGUUCCGCUUCCAGGCAUUCGGUCGCCCGGUCAAGAACUCGAAGAAGUUUGAAGAGGGCAUCUUCUCGGACCUGCGAAACCUCAAGUCUGGCACUGACGCUUCGCUGGAAGAGCCGAAAAGCCCCUUCCUCGACUUCCUGUACAAGAACAACUGCAUCCGCACUCAGAAGAAGCAGAAGGUCUUCUACUGGUACAGCGUACCUCAUGACCGCUUAUUCCUCGACGCCCUGGAACGCGACCUGAAGCGCGAAAAGAUGGGCCAAGAAGCUACCACGGUAGCUGUCAGCGAACCCGCACUCUCGUUUGAGUUUGACUCGAGCCAGUCUCUGUUUGAGCAGCUUACCAAGGCUCAACAGACCAACAGCUCCACCUUCGCCGCGAACGCCGCAGCCACGAGCUCAGGACCAAUGGCAGCAAACACGAUGGCGGCAGCAGCCGGAACACCUCAGCCUAUGGGCCCUCCCGCAACAACGGCCGAGUCGAUGGGACCACCUCCGGGGGCUAUGAUGCAGCCAACAAGUAUGCCCCUAGCGAUGCCGCAAGAGGAAAUGUUGACGCAUAUGCCAACCUACCAGCAGAUGGCCAUGCAGGCGCCCUUGCCAGCACAGGUCCACAAGACACGUGAGCAGAGCUGCGGCCCCAUCAUGCAUUACGAACGUGCCAUGAACGCCGCCGCCCGCCACAGCAGCAUGCCCGCAUACAUGGAAUACUCGCCCGCUCCAUCAUUCGUCUCGUCGCAUUUCGAAGACUACAGCCAGCGCGGUCUGAGCUACGAGCCCAUCACUCCUCCCCAGCACCAGAUGCACCAGCAGCCCCACCACGAGCCCGCCUACAUUGCCAACGAAGAGACGGGAUUGUACGCUGCCAUGCCCGACCCGGGAAUGUCACAAUACUACAACCCCCUGAUGCCUGUCGCACAGCCCAUGGCUGCUCCUCAGUACCCCUCGAUGAUGCGUCCUCUUCACCAUUUCCCCUCAGCGCUUGAAGGCUCACCCACCUAUAAGCAGCGCAGACGCCGCUCUUCGCUAACCCAGCAACCGCCCAGUUCUACUCCUCAGAGCGUCACUUCUCACGCCGUCCACCGUCCUAGUGACUUGCGCCAUUCUUCCGUCCCUGUCCACGAUGUCGACCCCGUCUACCACGACUCGCCGAGAGGAGCCACUCCCAACCGCCAGCAGAAGGACUACUCACGUCAUGCUACCCCUGUUGACGACAUGCCGCCUUCCUCGAUGCCCAUGGGUCAGGACGAGUACGCACAAGCAUACCCCGGUGAUCAGUACCGUCCCGUCAACUACGCCCAGGCCGCUGUCAUGCGCACACCUAACGGUGUCUUCCGCCGUGCUCGCAGCGCUACUGUCCAAGACAUGAACAGCCCCUACCCUUCAAAAUCUCACUCGUGCCCCAUCCCCAUGUGUGGCCGACUUUUCAAGAGGUUAGAGCACUUGAAGCGACACGUUCGUACUCACACUUCCGAACGCCCUUACGUCUGCCCUCUUUGCAACAAGGCCUUCUCUCGCUCCGACAAUCUCGCCCAGCACCGUCGUACCCAUGACGCGAAUCCUGAUGGUACAUCUUUCUCCGAAGAAGACCUCGAAGAGCCCGAAGAAGGCAUUGACCUUUCCGAAGGCGAUGUCAACGACUCGUACAUUCCUAUGCCUGGCAUGCCCUCUGACAUGCACGGCGACAUGGGCCCUCCUCCAUCGCACAUGCACAUGAGCCAGAUGUCGCGCGACCACAUGGACCCUCACCACAUGGAGCCUCAUCACAUGGAACCCCACCACAUGCAACAUUCCAUGCCUCAAGGCAUUGUUUCCACCGGCGCCGAAUACCAAUGA